CCUAUACGACAUAAAAGAACGUUCCCGACAACAGGAAGUGGUAACUUUCACAACGGUUAUCAUUACACAUGUGCUUGUUCGUGCGUCAGCAUGCUUGUAAAAAAAAAAUAAACAAAUUUCGGCAGUUCAGUGACGCCCAUUUUGGUUCUUCGUCCAAUCACCGAAUCUGUAAGCAGCUUUAAAAAGGAAUGACAGUUCCUCGCUCGCAACAUGCCAUCGCAGUUUCGUGCAGCGUGUAGGCGGAGUGCCUGAAUUUCCAAACAGCAAAGGCCAUCCCAGGGAGACUAAGACUGAUUACGGUUGGAGACAGCAUCGCCGAUAUAAGGAAUCUGGCACUUCUGUGGACCGGUCUUCAAAAAGACGGGGACAAGUGAAAAGCACGAUGGGCGGACUGUUUUCGUGCUGCAGUCCUCCACUAUCGGAAAUGGAUGAGCGGUCGGCGCUUACAUCUCGUUCAGACGCCGUGACUACCGCGCCAGAGUACCGAUCCAUCGCGUCCAACAUCGAGGCGUUUAACACGCCGACACCAGAAGCGCAGGCGCCAUCGUCGCCACCAGAAGCGCAGGCGCCGUCGUCGCCACCAGAAGCGCAGGCGGCGUCGGCGCCACCAGAAGCGCAGGCGGCGUCGGCGCCACCAGAAGCGCAGGCGGCGUCGGCGCCACCAGAAGCGCAGGCGGCAUCGGCGCCACCAGAAGCGCAGGCGGUAUCGUCGCCAACGCCUUCGCCACCGCAAUCGUCUCCUUCGCCACCGCAAUCGUCGCCUUCGCCACCGCCAUCGCCACCGCCGUCGCCAGCACUAGAUCCACCAGAACCCACAACAACGAGGGUGAGGUCCGUGACCUUCAGUGAAGAAGUGUCAGCAGCGGACUCUGAAGAGGUCUCCGUAAGGCAGCGCUCUGCAUCUGACGUCGAAGCCAGCAACAGCGCGGUGCUCCAAGGCCAGGCGACGAACGCUUCGUCCGACUUCGGCCAGAGCAGCUGCUGAGAAAAGCUCGUCACGCCUGCACUUGUCUUCGAGGAACGAAAUGUUUCCGUCCCCGCUCUUCGGUCCGGCGUCUUGGCUGACAUGUCUUUCUCCUGCAUGUUGCAUCUUCGCUACAGAGCACACCUGCAUUCUUCAUUACCCUUGUGAUGCAUGGCUUUAAAUAUUUAUGCACAUGAAUGAGCAUGCUUGCCAAUGCUUGUGCAUCCCCUAUUUGAGGAAUAAAGCUUUCAUUUUAGCCUUCA